ACCUCUUACUAUCCCUUACUGGGUCUGGUCUCUCUCCACUUUACUCCCUCUCCCUGCACAUUCCCCUCUUGACCAGCUCCUGUUCCUAGACCACGAGUCUACUCACCUACUGCACUGACACUUUCUGCUUCUCGGACCGUGAGCCCUUCUCACCAACGCCAAGAUGGAGGCCGUCAAGAAGAAGAUGAUGAUGCUGAAGCUGGAUAAGGAGAAUGCUCUGGACCAGGCUGAGCAGGCAGAGACUGACAGGAAAGCAGCAGAGGAGAGAAGCAAACAGCAUGAGGAUGAGCUGAUUCAGAUGCAGAAGAAGCUGAAGGGAACUGAAGAUGAGUUGGAUAAAUACUCAGAGGCCCUGAAGGACGCCCAGGAGAAACUGGAGAUAUCUGAGAAGAAGGCUGCGGAUGCUGAGGCAGAGGUGGCUUCUCUGAACAGGCGUAUCCAGCUGGUUGAGGAGGAGUUGGAUCGUGCUCAGGAGAGACUGGCCACAGCCCUGCAAAAGCUGGAGGAAGCCGAGAAGGCCGCAGAUGAGAGCGAGAGAGGGAUGAAGGUGAUUGAGAACAGGGCUCUGAAGGAUGAGGAGAAGAUGGAGCUGCAGGAGAUCCAGCUUAAGGAGGCCAAGCACAUUGCUGAGGAGGCUGACCGCAAAUAUGAAGAGGUGGCUCGUAAGCUGGUGAUCGUUGAGGGAGAGUUGGAGCGUACAGAGGAGAGAGCAGAGCUUGCAGAGAGCAAAUGCGCUGAGCUGGAGGAGGAGCUGAAAAAUGUCACCAACAAUCUUAAGAGUUUGGAGGCCCAGGCUGAGAAGUAUUCCCAGAAGGAGGACAAGUAUGAGGAAGAAAUCAAGAUCCUCACUGAUAAGCUGAAGGAGGCUGAGACCCGUGCAGAGUUUGCUGAGAGGUCUGUGGCCAAACUGGAGAAAACCAUUGAUGAUUUGGAAGAGAAACUGAGAGAUGCUAAAGAGGAGAACAUCAAGAUCCAUGCUACUUUGGACCAGACCCUGAGCGAGCUCAAUAGUUUCUAAAGAAGACCUGGAGCAGAAAAAAGGCCUUUUCUUCCCUUCUUGACUCCCUCAUCUCAUUUUGGUUUCUUUGUCUCUGCACAUCUGAUUCUCCCCCUUUUUUUUCUUCUCUUCUUCUGCUGGAGGAUAAGCUCACCAAGCCAACCAGCAAAAAUGUGGUGCCUCUCAAUUUUUCCAAACUACUAUUCCAAGUGAUUUGAGAAAUGAUCUACUACGAUACUCCUCAAGAGUCAAAUGUUGACCUCGGGGAGCCUUUUUUGGUAUUGCUCCAUGAUCAGAGCUUUACGAGCUAGUGUUUUUUCUGCAUAUCAGCCCAAACUCUCAAUGAUAAUUUUACUGGAGGCUGAUUUUUGUAAAAUUUUGUGCCAUAAAAGCCUUGUUGGCUUGUCUCUUGCUUGGCUUUAGAUCAUUCUCAAGCCAUUUUUUUCCUGCUGUUGCUCUGACACAGGUUGUUUUUGCUGGUCUUGUUGGUGCCUGAUCCACUGCUAUCCUUUUCACACCUCUUUUUUUUUUUUCUUCAUCCUGCACAAGUUUCUGCUGCCUGUUAGUCGGCAUCACCGGUUUUGGGACCAAAACCACAUCAUGUGGUCUGUAACAGUAUGCACAACCAUGCCGUGAGGACCAAAUUUGUUUUAUUAUUGUUAUUAUUAUUAAAAGCCUUUGCUUCCAUUCGGAGUUUGUUUUUUUGAGUAAUAUAUGUAUUCAUUGUUUGGGUCGAAUCCCCUUGCUUUUUUAACACAAAUGUUUUGCAAACCACUAUUUGAAAUGGUGCACUGUUAUGGGCUUAUGGUGAGCAGAUGAGGCCAAGUCAUGGUUUCUUCAUUAUAAUUUUCUUUUCAUUUGCUUUAAAGAGCCAUAUUCUACCCAGGGAAGAAAGGUUGAAGUUGUUUUGUUUUUUUACCGUGAGUUCAAAGCAGUGGCACUGCCAGAUUUAAAAGGUUCAAAAGCCGUGCAGAUCUAAAAUAUGUAUUAUGAACACAGUAAUGGGAGCGAAUUGUAACACUUAAUAGUAUACAAAUUUAAGAAACAGGGGUGAACACAUAGUUUUAACUGGAAAAAGCCCACAAUGAUGUGUAAUCACUUUGUUACUGUCUGUAUCUUGUGUAAUGAUACCUAAAUUCUUUUUUUAAAUAAAAACCAUGAUUUUUACUGUCACUGAA